AUGGGGGCAAAAGAAAAGCUUAGCAAAGCCGUUCAGUACGCGCUGCGCAAUCGGGGCCUCGUGGCAUGUGUUAAAAGUUUUUUUAAUCGAGUGGAAUAUAUAUAUUUCACGUGCCUGAAUAUCUGCUUGGCCACGAGUGCCGAGUGCUUAUCCAGGACGGCUCCUCUGGGUACGGAAGUGAGCGAGGGCGGAGCGAGCCCAGGAUUUGGUGACGGCAAGAUUGUGGAUCUCAGAGGGCGAGGUGGAGAAGAGGGGCCCGGGCCCGACAGCAAAGGGUCCGACGGCCCCCAGGCAGCCAGCAAUGGCGAUGCCCCCAGCGAACAGCAAUACAGUCUCAGAUGGAACGAUUUUCACACGAGCAUAUUAUCAUCGUUCCGUCACCUGCGGGAAGAGGAAGAUUUCGUCGACGUGACGCUCGCGUGCGACGGAAGAUCGUUCACGGCUCACAAAGUCGUUUUAUCCGCUUGUAGCCCUUACUUCCGACGACUGCUCAAAGCCAAUCCGUGCCAGCAUCCCAUAGUCAUACUACGUGAUGUCGCACAGAAAGACAUGGAAGCUCUUUUACGUUUUAUGUAUCACGGAGAAGUGCACGUCGGUCAAGAGCAACUUACCGAUUUCCUCAAGACUGCACAAACCCUUCAAGUACGCGGCCUUGCCGACGUCAACACCAAAGAUAAUCAGGAAAAUAUUCCGACGUCAAAUUCACUUCCGUGGUCUAAAGCGACAGAUAGAGAUGGUCGACUUAGCGAGGGCAUGACACCUCCGCCUUCGAAAAGGACAAGAACGGAUAGCAGACGAUCGCCAUCGCCAUCGCCAUCGACACCCUUAAACGGUGGACUCGAUCUUAUGAGAGAUUCACUACUCGGACAAGCAUUGGAAGGUGGUCCGACUCUUCAUUCUGGUACUUCGCAUCACAAAGGAAAUUCGGAAUCGUCGUUACAAGCUCAUUCAACCGGAGAAGAAAGUAAUUCAAGUGAUACAAAUUUAUCGGAUCGAGGUCCCACCGAAUUGCCACAUUUAAAAUCUGAGCCUUCUGAUUUUAGUCCGAACGAUGAUCCGCCACCUCACAACAUGUCUAAUCAUUUAGAUCCUUCUAGAACGCCAUCGUUUCCAGCAGCACUUCUCGGUUUACAAGGACUUCCUGGAUUGCUACCUGGUCCUUCGGGAAUUCACGCCAGCCAAGAUCCAAAUUUUGGCGAACUGGCCAGACGCGGAUUGGAUAUGCUGAGAGUAAGAGCAACGGAUCCUCGACCCUGUCCGAAAUGUGGAAAAAUAUAUCGUUCGGCUCACACCCUGAGAACUCAUUUAGAAGAUAAACAUACAGUCUGCCCCGGAUAUCGUUGCGUUCUUUGCGGAACAGUCGCAAAAUCUCGGAAUUCUCUUCAUUCUCACAUGUCGCGACAGCAUCGGGGGAUAAGCACAAAGGAUUUGCCAGUUGUACCCAUGCCUGCGCCUUUUGACCCGGAACUUGCCAGUAAGCUUUUGGCUAAGGCUGGAGUUAAAAUUUCAGCCGCGGAACUGAGAGCAAGAGCAUCACCGACAGGACCCAGAAGAUCGGAUAUAAGAUUAGAAAUAAGACCUGGUCAUAACGGACCGUUAGUCGAUAGGUUUUCAGAAGUUGGAAGCUUAUGCGGAGGAGAUGAUCCGGAAGAUUUAACAGUGCCCAAUUCUAGGUUUAACAUGUCUCCGCCUCACAUCGUCAGCCAAGGACAACACUUAGGAGGAGCCGUUAUAACGAAAGUAGCCACUCCGAAAGCCGUACACGCUUCUCAAAAAACAAUAGAUUCAAUAGCUCAGAACCUAGUUAAAAAUAGUACUCGGGAUCGCGACAAUCCUUCGACUCCUUCGAUACCCCCUACUUCUACGGGUAGUGCUCUUAUAGACACGUACUUACAAUUUAUCGUUGAAAAUUCUGGCGGAAUGAUAAGCGAAGCGGCGGCCGCGGCCGCCGCAGCGGCUGCUCAUCACGCUAACAUAGCAGCCAUUAGUGAUAUUGCUAGUAUGAAUAACAUUAAAGUGAAUCACGAUAGACGAGACGAUGCAGAGGACGAAGACUCUUCAGAACCCGAGGGUGAUUAUAGUGAAGACGAAAAAGAACCUUCUAAAACGGAUUAG